CCGGAAAUGGGCGUUGCUUAGCGGCGCGGACGCUCAUUCUGAUUUGGGCCUGUCCCUGUCCUGACCCUGUCAGAAGAAGAUGUCGCAUUUGGCUGCAAGAGAAAACUGGGGAAUCUGUUCCUGAUGCCAGCUGGCCAGAGAAUGGGGAUCAGUGGAGCGACAAAGGAGAAGAGGAGGAUGAUGAAUGUGGACUAUUGCAGGCAAUGGCUGAAGAGGAUGAGGAGAUUGACCUCUUCAAUGAGGAGACAUUUGGCUUGGGUAUUGUUAUAUUAUAAAAUCUGUAAACCUACAGGAAUUGGAUAUCAUGCACAAACUGUGACUGGAAUCCAACAUAUAAUGUGUUUAAAAUAUAAGCUAAAUGUCUGAAGCUGAAAUUCUCCCAUGUAUUUAUUUUUCUGGGAUGGGUAGAGAUGAAAAUUUGUUAGAUUGAUUUUAAUCUCUUUAAGCAUUAUCACUACAAUUUUUUUUAAACUGACUCUCUAAUGUCACUAUGCAAAUAAAUGAACCCAGAUGAUGCCACGAGUGGUGAAAAUCCAGAUGCUGACCCUAUGGAUCUCCUCCUGCUGUUUAGUGAUAACUCCCCAACUCCACGAUCUUCACCACUUCCACCUCCCAGAUCACCUUCCCCUCACAGUUCCUAUUCACCCUCCAGACCAGGAUCUCGUGUCUGGCCCCACACUCCUACAGGCUGGUCUCAGAGAGGAAGAGCAGCUCGAGGGCAGCUGUUUGAGGACCCAGCUGUUGUGAAGACUGUGAAAGACAUGAUCUGGGAAUAUGGGUCCCAGCUCACUGGCUUUCUGUGAAUUAAAGAGGAUGCUUGCCAGACCCUCCUUCCUGUCACAUGAUACAUCUCUGCAUAUCCUGGGUGUAGUGACCAAACACCUUCCAUUAUUGAUGAGCAGAGAUGCAGAUGAGCUUUAACCUCUUCUCAGACUCUGCCUGUUCGGUAUCCAUCUCUCCGUGUUGUGAUUGAUCGACUUGCAUUCAGUCAGCUAAUCCAAAUUCUCAAAGAGUUCACCACAUCACUGCCUGACUCGAAAGACACACAUUUAACAUUGGCCUGUCAAAAUAAGUUUGGUCUGUCGCUGUUGUAUGCUCUGCUCUCACAGGGCGAAAGGAUUUUAUCUUCUGACUUUCCCAUGGAGCCCAGCAUUGGAGAUUUUGAGGCCUGGACGGAAACAGUAUUCCAUGUGGCCCGGCAGCUAUCCCAGACAACGCCUGCUGAGCCACUUCUUCUGCCCUCCAACCUGCUAACACUGUUCUGUUGAUAUCUGGACAAACGGACUGUGCACCAACUAAAGAACAACUUGGAGUGAGUACAAACACUGCACUCAGUACUCUGCACUUGGCAUAUCUCUUAGGACAGGGGUGUCCAAACAUGUUCAUGGAGGGCUAUUGUCCUGCAGAGUUUAGCUCCAACCAUAAUUAAACACGCCUGAACCAGAUUCAAAUUCAAAUGAACUGAUGAAGAUUUUAAUUUUGCAAAGUGCUAGAACCUUUCAAUGCUGCAUCAUCAUAUUCCAACUUAUUUUUUGCCAUGAAACUCACACUGAACUCAGCGGCUCUCACCAUUCUAAAAUGAGACUAGAAAAGACACAAGAAAAUCAAAACAUUUUAAAUCUACAUGCAAUUUACUGAAGCAGCCAACUCUCUGCAGGUAUGGGAUCCAUAUAAAUUGUUCCUCAUACUUUUGUACAUGUUGUCAUGUUUGUAAUAGUUUUAGAAGGGGUUAACUGAGAACUAUUUUCGAACUUUCAGCAGUUAUUAAAGACAACUUUGUGUAGUGUCCCAAAAAAUAACUUGCUGUGGCUCUUUGCAGAAAGUACUAAAACACAUGGUUAGUGUGGUGGAAAACAGUAAAAUCUAAUGUUAUCAGAUUUUUUAUCGGUGUAUCCAGAUUGAGAACCGCUGUUGUUGAAGCCAUGUUUUCCUAUCUGAUAUUUUUCCUCGUUCUAAAAGAAAAUUCUGUUGACACAAAACCACUGAAAUUGAUUCAAAAUGAUAUAGUAUAAAUGCCAAACCAGUUUGUCGCUUUAAUUCUGUCAAAGAGAUGCACUAAAAACAGGUAACAGUUGCAUGUGCAUAAACCUUGUGCGCUGUAUACAAACAUCUUUGCUUUAGUAAUAUAUAUAUUAUUUUUAGAAAAGCUAAUAGACUCUGUAGCUUCUGCAGCAUGAACACAAGCAUGAAGUCCGCUGUUGCUGUUACUGUAAGUGAUGUAGUGGUGUCUGACUAGGGUUUAGACGUGGGGUGAUGACAUCAUUGUUUCACAAAAUAUACGGAUUGGCUGUACACCAAAAAUGCAAGGGAAUCGUUUUCAGAUUUAUCCACUCUGGAACCCAAUAAAAAAAAAAAACUUGCGGUUUCGGCCCCCAAAAAACUGGAUCCGUCUGGAAGAAACUCAGAUUUUUGUAUUUAUUUUAUACAUAUACAGCUAAGCAUAUCUCUGUGUAAACUGGGCCUAAAAGUUUAUACCAGGGAUGUCCAAACUCAGUACUGGAAGGCCGGUGUUCUGGAAAGUUUAGCUCCAACUUGCUUACACUUGCCUGAAAGUCUCAAUUUUACCUAUUAAGGCCAUGAUUAGCUGGUUCAGGUGUGUUUAAUUCAAAGAGCUAAACUUUGCAGGACACCCACCCUCCAGGAACAGGAUUGAACACCCAUGGUUUAUACUAAAGUUUUAAUUUGGCUAAUUGUAAGGUUUUGUUUUUUUUUCCCUUUCAAGGUAUAUUUUAAAGGUGAUCUAUUGUGCGUCAUAUGUAAUAUGUAUUUGUCACUAUUGCAGAGCACAUGCAAAUUAAAAUGUAAAAAAAAAAAAAAGGAACUGACUUUAAUCUAGAUUGAUGACUAAAAGAUGUGAGACCCUGUUUUGUUUUGGACAUAUUUUGAUUUGUUUUAUUCAUGAUAUAGCAUGGCCUUGAGAGCUUUUAGCAUUUUUAAAAGCAAUUUCUUAAGGGCACAUUUUGACUUGAGCAAAUUCAUGAAUACCACAAUGGUGUUGGACACUGUACUGAUCUCUAUUGAUUUACAUUUAUUCAUUUAGCAGACGCUUUUAUCCAAAGCGACUUACAGAUGAAGACAGUGGAAGCAAUGAUAUAUAAGUGCUAUAACAAGUCUCAGUUAGGUUAACACAGUACAAGUAGCAUGGGAUUUUAAAUAAUAUAAUAAAUAAAAAGAAAACGGCUAGAAUAAAAAAGAAAAAGAAAGAAUAUAGCUCCUGACGCGAGGAAGCAACCGACGCCGGGGUCUACCACGAGGUCGAGGGGCCGGUUUUUCCGGAUGCGUCUGAUGAAACUCCUCAGUGAUGAAGUCGAUGGCGAUGUGAGACCAUGGGCGUUGUGGUGUGGGCAGUGGUUGUAACAGUCCUGCUGGUAGUUGUCUGGGGGUUUUAGACGUGCUGCAGAUGGUGCAGUUUUGGACGAAUUUGGUGGUAUCAAUUAGAAGAGUGGGCCACCAGAAUUGGUUCUUGAGCAGAUGCGCUGUGGCAGUGAUUCCGGGGUGUCCUGAACUGGUUUACACAUGUACCUGGGUUAACAGGUGUUCUCGUAGGGAUUCUGGAACAUAGGUGAGAUUAGCGGGACAUUCAGGAAGGGGGCGGGUUCUGAAUAUUCAGGUUGUUUAUUUCAGACAUGAUGUCCCACUGCACAGGGGCAAUGAGAAGUUUCGUGGGAAGAAUAGUCUCAUUGACGAUUGAGCAGCCCAUUUCUUCAGUUUGACGAGAGAGGGCAUCGGCCUUGGUAUUUUUUGAACCAGGUCUAUACGUCACAGUAAACUGAAAUCUUGUGAAGAAUAAUGCCCACCUUGCUUGUCUGGGGUUUAGUCGUUUGGCCAAGCGGAGAUAUUCGAGAUUCUUGUGGUCGGUGAAAACUACAAAUGGGUGUGAUGCUCCCUCCAGCCAGUGGCGCCAUUCCUCUAGUGCUAAUUUCAUGGCCAGAAGUUCACGAUUGCCCACAUCGUAAUUCCGUUCUGCUGCCGUUAAUUUGCGAGAAAAGAAAGCACAGGGAUAUAACUUCGCUGGUGAUCCAUGGCGUUGAGAAAGUAUGGCGCCUACCCCGGUGUUAGAAGCGUCGACCUCGACAAUGAAUGGAUGGCCUGGAUCCGGAUGUCAGAGGAUGGGCGCUGAAGUGAACAGAGUCCUUAGUGUAGUGUAUCGAAGGCCUGUUGCGAUACCGAGGACCAGGUUAAUUUGGUGGAUUGAUGUUUAGUCAUGGCGUUCAGAGGAACGGCGAUAGAACUAAAGUCUCUAAUGAAUCGCCGGUAGAAGUUUGUGAAUCCUAGGAAGCGUUGCAACUCUUUGACCGUCAGAGGAAGCGGCCAUUCCAGGACUGCCUUUACCUUUCUCUCAUCCAUUGCUACCCCCUCCUUGCUGAUCACAUUCCCCAAGAAAGUGGUGCUUGUUUGAUGAAACUCACAUUUCUCAGCCUUCGCAUAGAGUUGGUACUGAAUUAGGCGUUGUAACACCGCUCUGACCUGACGAAUGUGUUCCUCAAGGGAAUUUGAGUAUUCCAGAAUGUCAUCGAUGUACACGAUUACUCCUCUGUUGAGCAUAUCCCGAAACAUAUAAUUCAUGAAGGAUUGUAAAGUGUUUCCAUAUUAAUAUAAAUUCUGUCCAGUUUUGUGUAACUUUAUUGGCUUGUGUUUUUCAUCAUUAAAAUUAAGUUAAAUUUUAAAAGUUUUACAAUCACGUUUUUUUGGUUUCGGUUUUUGGCCAAGUGCAUCCAGAAUUUUAGGUGGCGCUCUCCAAAAUAUGGGGUGUCCCAGUGGUGGAACCAAGGGACAAACUUUUUGUUUGCAUUUUAUAAGUAUGGUAUUACUUUUUCCUUUAUCUUAUUUUUCCAUAUCAUUUGAAUCCUAUGUGUGUUGGGUCUUCAAAGAAUAUGGCACUAAAGCUGGGAAAAUGGGCAAGGAGCCAAGUCUUAUGCUAAACAGCAUGUGAUUAAUUACUAAUGGCCUAAUGGUUAGAGGGUGGGACUCCCAAUCAAAGGGUUGUGAGUUCUAGUCUCGGGCCGGACGGAAUUGUGGGUGGGGGGAGUGCAUGUACAGUUAUCUCUCCACCUUCAAUACCACGACUUGGGUGCCCUUGAGCAAGGCAUCGAACCCCCAACUGCUCCCCGGGCGCCGCAGCAUAAAUGGCUGCCCUGUGCUCACAGUGUGUGUGUGUGUGUGUGUGUGUGUGUGUGUAUGUGUGUGCAUUUCGGAUGGGUUAAAUGCAGAGCACAAAUUCUGAGUAUGGGUCACCAUACUUGGCUGAAUGUCACGUCACUUUCACUACUUUACUCAUUUCAACUGAUAGCUGUCAAUAUUACAUAAUGCACCUUUAACUGUAGUGUAGCCCUAUUUAGAUCAAUAUCUGUAUUAUUGGUGGAGGAUUUGUUUAUUAGGAGUAAAGCACUUAAGGUCUGUAUUAUAAAAUGAAGUGACUGGGGCACGUCUAAACUGAUUUGGGUUUGGCUGUGUUCAGGAUAUGGAGGAUUUGCUAAUGGAGGUGCAGCAAGGCAGCCUAAAAAAGGUCAUGAAAUGGAUGUCACCACCUUAUUUAUAUAUUACUUUGAUUCUGCAGUGCCUUUAAUAAUUAAUUCAAAAAAGAACUGAAUAUUAUACUGGUCUUAAGUAUUUUUCCUAAGCUCUUUUCAAGGUAUGGGAUAUCCCUGUGGUGGAACCAAGGGACCUUAAGCAGGAUAUGAUGCUAAAGCUGGGCCCAGAAAUGGACAAGGAGCCAAGCCUCAUGGUUAUUGUGUUCCUGGACAUAUGUUAGAAGGACCUUAUGAAGCAGCCAAUUCAGGAUAUAUGCCUGUUAUCAACUGGAAAAGAGGGUGUUUCUAGAAGAAAUGGACCUAAAGGGGAGAUUUUAAGCCAUGAAGCACUGUGGCUUAAUGUGAGCCAAAUACAGGAUUACUUCCUGAACUACCACCAGUUCUGCAACAAACAAAAGGACAAAAUCUUAAUGCACCACUUCAACAGGGCAAAACCCCUAACUUUAUGGCACCUCUGCCUGCUCCAAAGCCAUUUAUGCAAGGUCCAGGUUUUUAUAAACCUAAUAAAGCUUAUAAACUAUCCAUAUCUGUAAUUCCACAAAACAAAGCUUCAAAACCAGUUGCAAAAGAAGUCCCUCAAGCAGUGCCUGCACCAGAAUCAGCUCUCAGUUCUCAGACAAAUUCUCCUCUAACAUCACAAACAGUUGCACUAGAGCUCGAACAAGUCCUGUUACCGGUAACUCUAGUGGCACCACAACCAGUUAUGCUACAAGUCAGUAUUUCUGCACAGGUGCCUCUGGUGCCAAAUGCAGCUGUUCCUCAAAUAACUCCAGAGAAGCAAUAAACCAAGAUUCAGUCCGACCCAGCUUUGCCGCAAAUGAAGAAUCCAUCCACAGCAAAUCCUGAAAACAGAAGCCUGGAGGCCUUGCAACAAGGUCCUGAGAUUGAUGGACAGAAACCAAUUGACCAAUUUGGUAUCCCCUUCAUCUGUUUUUUGCUGUUUUUGCCUUUGAGUAUCCCAUGGGCUGAAGUCGAGUGGUGGAUAGGAGUGGUUCAUUAUUUGGCUUGUCUCUCUCCCACCGUUUGUUCAGUCUUCUACCAUCUCUUCAUGAACCAUGAGGGUGGAGCACCUAUUUAUGACACACUGCUGUGCUUUGACAUGUUUGGUGUCUGUCUCGUCAACACUCUUGGUGCUCUGCCAAUCAUUCACAUAACUUUGUUGUGUUACCCAUCAUCACGGCGUGUGGCGAUGUUGGCAUAUCUCCUGCUCUCUGGCUACGGUGUUCACUGUGCUGUCUCUGCUCAGAGUAAUGUGCACCGCCUGCAAUCUUUCGCCUGGCAGGCGAUCUUCCGGCUGGUUCUCUUUAUGUUGCGUCUGACGGGUGCAGGCAGAGGAAGCCCCACAUCCCUUCGCCUCUACCUCACCAUGGAUACUCUUGCAUUGCUUGGAGGACUAGUCAAUAUUUCCCGCCUUCCAGAGCGCUUCAGUCCUGGACGCUUUGACUACUGGUUUAAUAGUCACCAGAUUAUGCACAUCAUGGUCGUCCUCUCCAUUGUGUACUUGCAUUGGGGCAUGCUGGAGGAUUUAACAUGGUUAAAGGGAUAUCACUGUCCUGGUGAAUAAAAAUACAAAAACAAAAAAACAAUACCUGAUAAUUUAUUAUGAUAUUUAAAGAACUGCAGGGAAAUUACUGUAAAACCCAAAGUGUGAUGUUAAUAUUUUAAAUGGUGAUAUCAGUUGUUUAUGCCAUGGCACUUUCUUUAAAAUACAUAUUUACAGCUACAAGGUGACAUGAAGUUGCACUACAGAUGUUAAUGGCACACAACCUUGUACUGUAUGUCAACAUAAAAAGACAGGGAAAGAGUAUUUUACCUUUGGUUGAUAGUCUAAUAUUUUACUAUUUUAUGCAUGCACAAUCAUAUGGUAAUUUGCCCUGUACAUUAUUUCCCUGCUGCCAUAUUAGAACAGAAGUAAACCCAUUUUAGAAUUGAGAAACACAGAAUACCAUAGUGCAAAUCGCGAAAAAAGUGAAGCUCUUUAUAAAAAAAAAAGAGUACAAUUCUUGUUUCUUAAAAGCUUUUUCUGGUGAAGUUGUCAAAAUAUUGAAUAUUGAAUAAUGAAAUGUGAAAUAUUGCAUAUCCUUAUCCUUCUAAGUUUUGGAAAUCAGAUUUAGAUGAUUGUAUUCUGGAUAGCACUACUGUUGACAAAUAUGAUGCUUUCUGUUUACAUGGUGCUACAUAUGUCAGAAAUGAAACUUAUAUCAAUAUAAAAUUUUACUUGAAUUAAACAAGUUGGAUUUGAAGGUCUUUCAACGUCUUUCUCUGUAAGACACUGAACUAUACCAUCUUGGCUCAUGUGGGGAAAUAAGAAUACAUUUGAGUGUAUGCACUCAUAUUUUCAAUUUUCAGCACUAAAAUCUGACAACUUGCACCAGAGGCUGACGGUUAAAUUGACCCUUAUGGCAUGUGCAUAAAAUGUAAAAAUGUGCUUUAAACUUAAAACCUUCAUGGAGAAGUACAAAAUUUUGAAGUCAGGUACUCAGUUGGACUUCAAGAUUUUAUUUUUAUUUUUGUGUGUGUGUUAAUUUAUGGUUAUCAUAAAAAAUUACUCAAAUGCACAGCCUUUUAAAGUAUACUGUGGGCACAAUUUCUGUGGCCACUGUCUGUGCUAUUAGCCUUCUGCUGUAGCGAAACUGCAACUACGUGUAUAAAUUAUACAAAAGAAAAAAAAUUGUGAGAAAGGUCUUAUAUAAACUUUUGCAUGGUAAUGUGUGCAUUGAGAUCAGAGCUACUGCCAUGACAGUGUGAUGUAACUUAGCUAGUUUUUGAUUCAAGAUUUUGUCUUGUGUAAAUAUAACUUACUUGGGUAUAUAUAUUUUUGUAAUAAAAAUAAGCUUCCGUUUCAUAAA